AUUUUCAUCUAUGCUUGUCGACACAAGCUAUGAAUGUAGGAGGCGUUGACAUUUCAAAAUCGCCGAGGCAUGGGAUAAGAUUGGACCCCAAGAGUUGGGCAAAUCAAAGUGAGACAUCAAGCAUUUAUUCAGAAGGUCGUCCCGACUUCCAAACCAUGCCUGACUACCACGAUGAAGAGGAGGGUAGGAUCACCAAGAAGAGACCCAAGAAACAAAAUGUUUUCAACAAGGAAGAAAACAUCCCAUGGAUUGUCACAGGAUCCAUUGCCGGAUUGGUUCUACUCUUCGUUCUCGUGGCGUGCCUGAUUACCGCCAUUCAUCGGAUCCCGGAAGGACAUGUGGGUGUAUAUUUCAAGAAUGGGGCCCUCCUAGAAUCCGUGACGGAUCCCGGGAUCCAUUGGAGUCAACCCUUUGUUACUCAAGUGGAACAGAUCAAGGUUCGACCUGAAACGAAGUUCUUGGACCCCAUGAUUUGUACCACGCAAGAUGGGGUGCGAAACGUGUUCCGGGAUGUCCAGGUUAUUUCCUCGAUUGAUAAGACACAGGUACUGCCUUUGGUUCGUUCAUUUGGGACCAAGAUGAAGGAAAUCCUCAUUUAUGAACGAAUCACAGAGGCGGUCCAAGUGUUCUGUGCUAAUAACUCAAUCGAUGAAGUGUACAACACUCGAUUUUUGGACAUUAUAAUCUUCGUGAACAAGACUCUUCAGACCAAUUUGGACCGAUUUGCUCCGAAAGGGGCCAUUCUCAUCUGGAACGUGUUCCUUCCCAAACCCGAAGUUCCACCCGCCAUUGCAGCCAAUUAUCGAGAAGUGAAGAUUGAAUGGACCAAGCAAUUAGUGGCCGAGCAGAAACAGAAAACCGAGACCAUUUUGAAAGAGACCCAGAAGAUCAAAGCUGUUCUGGAUGCUGAACGUGAAAAAGAAGUCGAGCGAAUCGACAUCUCCAAGGAGAUCCAACGAGAAGAGGGCAAGAAAAACGUGUCUGCCAUCAACAAUGCCAUUUUCACAGCCAAGAUGCUCAACGAAGCUGACACUAUGACUUACGUGCAAGAGUCAGAGGCCAGUUCGAACAAACUUCUCUUCACUGACGAAUACAUCAAGCUACAAAUCGCCAAAAGCUUGAUGAAUAACACCAAGAUGUUCUUCUCAGGAUCUGAAAGCUUGGUUGGCAGUUUGAUUGGCCAAGUAUUUGGAACAAACACGCAGUCAGACCAAUGAGUCGCAUUGAAUAUCAAGCGAUCAGCUGCACUUUGAAUUAGUAUUAAGUGAUAUAAAUUGUCUGUAUGGGAAAAGAUGUUCAUAAUACAGUAGCCAAUAAAC